UAUGUGGUUCAGAAAUCUGAGCACUUAGAAACAAAAGGAAAAGUAAACAACUCCAGGCACACGCAAAACAAAAAGUCAGAAUUUUUUGUCCAACUGAACAGAGGUGAACAAUUUGAAGAGAUCUGCUUGGAGAUUGGAUUUAAACCAAUAAAUGAGUCUUAACUUGAAGUCAAGACAAGGCUAUAGCUCCUGGGGCUCUCGGUGGUGUCAACCAAUGGAGAAGCCAGUGGUGAUCAUUGGAGCAGGAAUAAGUGGUCUUCUUGCCUGCAAGUACACUCUUGAAAAGGGUUUUAAUCCGAUCGUACUCGAAGCUGAAGAAAGAAUAGGAGGAGUCUGGGGUUGUACUAUUGAGUCCACCAAACUACAGAACAGCAAAGAAAGUUUCCAGUUCUCUGAUUUCCCAUGGCCUUCAUCGGUUACCGAAACUUUUCCGGGUCACUCACAAGUAAUGGAGUAUCUUGAAUCAUAUGCAAAACAUUUUGGCAUAUUGCCUUGCAUAAGAUUCAACUCCAGAGUCAUUGGUAUAAACUAUACUGGAGAGUCUUGUGAAGAGAUUCAAACAUGGGGUCUAUGGGGAGGAACAGGAAAGCCUUUUGGCUCCAAAGGAAGAUGGCUUAUCAGCGUUCAAAAUACCAGAACUUGCACUACUGAGGUGUACCAAGCAGAAUUUGUAAUCCUAUGCAUUGGACAAUUCGGUGGUCUUCCAAACAUACCUGAGUUUCCUCUGAAUCAAGGGCCAGAAGUCUUCGAUGGCAAGGUAUUGCAUUCCAUGGAUUACGCUGCGAUGGACGGAAUAAGUGCUGCAAAAUUGAUCAAGAAAAAGAGGGUUGCUGUCAUUGGUUCCUAUAAAUCUGCGGUUGAUAUAGUGGCAGAAUGCUCAAAUGCAAAUGGUGUUGACUAUCCUUGCGCGAUGAUUCAAAGGAGUGCUCAUUGGUUUCUUCCUGAUAACCCUCUUAGUGGACUUGCUCUUGGUUUCUUGUACUUGAAUCGCUUCGCAGAAUUGACGGUUCAUAAGCCCGGGGAGACAUUUUUGCUCAGCCUUUUGGCAGCCUUGCUUUCACCAUUGAGAUGGGGAUUCUCAAAGCUUAUAGAGAGUUAUCUUCGAUGGAAGUUUCCACUCAAGAAGUAUGGAGUGAUACCUGAAAGCAGCUUUCUGGAUACCGUCUAUUCAUGCCAAGUUGGAAUGCUGCCUGAGAAAUUCUAUGAGAAAGUGGAAGAAGGAAGCAUCAUUCUGAAGAGAGCACAAAGCUUUAGUUUCUGUCCACAAGGUUUGAUUAUUGAUGGAGGAGCUCAGCCUUUAGAAACCGACAUUGUGAUUUUUGCGACAGGAUACAAAGGUGAUCAGAAGCUAAAGAACAUUUUUGAGUCUGCAUCCUUGAAAAAUCUAUUUGACCCUUCAUCCACUUCUACAUUUCCCCUCUACAGACAAGUGAUUCAUCCUCGGAUUCCACGACUGGCUGUAAUAGGAUAUGCAGAGAGUUUCUCAAAUUUGGGCAGCUCUGAAAUCAGAUGUCAAUGGCUAGCACAACUCCUUGAUGGGAAGUUUGAAUUGCCUCCCAUAAGAGACAUGGAGAAAGAUGUGAAAAUCUGGGAAACUCACAUUAAAAGAGUUGCAGGAAAAUAUUUCAGGAGAUCAUGUAUAGGCAACACCCACAUAUGGUACAAUGACCAGAUUUGCAAGGACUUGGGAUGUGAACCCAGAAGAAAAAAGGGAUUUUUCACAGACUUGUUUGUACCAUAUACACCAACAGAUUAUGCAGGACUCACUGCUGAUUCAUAAGGAUGUUGUUAUGAGACAGUGAUUGUAGGUCUAAGCUAGAACAACAGACGAAUAUGGGAGCUCUGAAAGACAAUAAAUUGUACUUGAUACAUUUUAAAGCAAUAAAGCCCAAGUUCUAAUAGCAAAA